AUGUUUGAAGGCUACUUAGGCAGUCCUAGUCCAUCCACGGAAGCGGUUGUCCUCCUUUUCGGUCGUGUCGCACGCCAUCUUGAUCGCGCUGAUCCACGCAUCCCUAAAAUUGUUGACAGACUUAUCGAGGCACUCAAAACUCCGGCCGAACAAGUGCAGAUAGCUGUUUCGGAUUGCCUUUCACCUCUCGUCACCGAUUUGGUGAAUGCUUCGAAAUACGCAGCCCGUCGUGGUGCAGCAUAUGGUUCGACAGGUGUCAUCAAGGGUACAGGGAUUGCAGCAGCAGUGAAGGAGUUCAAUGUGAUCAAUCAUUUGCGGGCAGCUACAGAGGACAAGAAGAGAUAUGAGCCUCGCCAGGGUACGAUGUUCGCCUUCGAAAUGCUGUCCAGUUCAUUGGGGUGGCUUUUUGAACUUUCGUCGGCAAUGGUGGUUCCUAUUCUCAAACGAGGUCUACGCGAGCAUGGUGCGUCUACCAAGAAGAAAGCGGCACAGAUCGUAGAUAACCUGGCGUCGUUGACAGACUCGCGAGACUUCAUCCCAUAUCUACCCGUACCGGAAGCGAGAGCUACAGCUGCCAAAACGUUGGGAACGUUAGUAGAACAGCUGGGUGAGAGCCACUUGCCCGACCUCGUACCUGGACUUCUGCGGACUCUGAAAAUGGAUACAUCUGGUGUGGGCCGACAAGGCGCCGCUCAAGGACUGAGUGAAGUUUUGUCCGGUCUCGGAAUGGAGCGUCUCGAAGGAUUACUUCCGGAUAUCAUCGCGAACGCGCAACCUCCUAGAGCUACCAUUCGAGAAGGCUUCAUGUCGUUAUUGGUGUACCGACCAGCCACUUUCGGAAUGCGCUUCCAGCCUCAUCUACCGAAGAUCAUUACUCCGAUACUGAGCGUCCGAGAGAUACUUCCCGAACUGAUCAGUCAAACAAUUGUUCUUAUAUCUAGUGAUGGGUUUGAGCAACAAGAGGUAUGGAAAAUUCCAUCGACGCUCAACGAGAAGACCACGAAGAUGACAUCGUAUCCAUGGUUCGCGUGUCCUUGGUCGACGACCAGGCUAACAUUCGAUCCGCGGCGGCUAAAGCGUGGCACCGCAUUGCAGGCGCUUAAGGAGGUCAUGAAUGUCAGCAGUACGAGCGGCGACUGUGUUCCCGGUGAUGAAGAGCUUUUAUCUUCAGCGGAUGAGGCGACUCGUGCAUUGUUCAGGUCAAUCAAUGACAAUGAAGGGUUGAACACUCAUGAUGGUGCUCUUGGGAUGGUCGGUGUAUCAUCGGUCGAAGCACGAUACCCCCAGACGGCGAAAGGGCGCAUACAAGUUCUUCUCCAUCUCCUGCGAAGAGACUAA